AUGGCUUCUUUUUAUCAGCAGCAGAUCGCAAUUGUUUCAAGAAAAAAUCCAGAGGAUGUCCGGGAGAUAGUCGUUUGGAAAAGAUACAGUGACUUUAAGAAACUGCACAAAGAUCUCUGGCAAAUUCAUAACAACAUAUAUAAGCAUACAGAAUUGUUUCCACCUUUUGCCAAAGCAAUAGUAUUUGGGCGGUUUGAUGAAUCUGUGGUUAAAGAAAGAAGACAAUGCGCUGAAGAUCUGCUGCAGUUUUCUGCCAAUAUCCCUGCUUUAUAUAAGAGCAAGCAGUUUGAAGACUUUUUUAAGGGUGGUGAGGUGCAUGAUGGGUCUGAAUUGAUUGGUCCUGUUGAGCCUUUAUCUGAUUCCUUGAUUGACAGCUUAUCCGACUGCAGUUCUGAAGUUCAAAAGGAUUUAAGUAGACUUGAUGAUGUGACGCUUACCAGUCAAUCAGAAUGUGGAGGUCUCUCCAGUGAUAGUGACCUCAUCUCUUUGACAGUUGAUAUAGACUCCCUUGCUGAAUUAGAUGAUGGAAUGGCAUCCAACCAGAAUUCUCCCAGUAAAGCUUUUGGUCUCAGCCUUGCUUCAGAGUCCUUAGGACAAGGUGCUACUGCUUCUGAUAGUGAGUGGAACAAGUCGGAAGGCGAGAGGGAGAGUGAGAACCGUAGUCUGUUUCCUGGGAGCUUAAAACAGAAGCUUGGCAAGCAAGACUACUUGGAAAAAGCAGGGCAGCUGAUCAAGCUGGCAUUGAAGAAGGAGGAAGAAGAAGACUAUGAAGCUGCUAUUAGCUUUUAUCAGAGAGGGGUCGAUCUGCUCCUGGAAGGUGUUCAAGGUAUGGAUCUUCUCACUGCCCUGAAUGAGUUUUUUGAUAUGUUAAUCUUCUAUAACUGACAACAGUUUAGUAAUUGUUCAAUGGCAAAUGGUGUGCAGUUGAGAACUGAAGUGUGUUUGUGUGGUUUCUCUUAUCUGGGACUAUUUUUGAACAGGAAUGCUGAGUAUCAAAUACCUGUUUUCAAAAAUGAACUGCAAUCUUAAAUGCUGAGUUUCAGUUUAACUCUGUAAAUUUUCCCUUUUAUUGCACAUGAAUUAUUCUUUAUGUACCAUUGGGAAUAAUUAUUUAAAAUCCUUCCAGUUUGCAAAACAAUUGUAACAUAACUUAUGUGGUUAAGGGAGGGUUAAUUAUUCCCUCUUGACACAUAGAGAAAUGGACUCAGGGUAACUUUUCAAACACCUCAAGGAGCAGAAGUGUUUCUGCCUCCCAGCCCUCUUUCCAGUCCGCUAGUCCACCUUGCCUUUUCUAGGUAAAAGACACACAUACAUGUAAACGGCCAUCCAGGUUCUGUAUUAUAGAGCUAUUUGCAUUGCCAGAGGAGAACAGAGUUGUAUGCACAUAUGACCUCACCCCUGCAAAAUGUCAGUUUGCAAAUGCUGAAGUUAACAGAUAGAGCGUCCUGCUUGUCAUUCAGGGAAAGCUUCCAUCCCUGGUAUCCCCACCCCCAACCCCUACAUUUUAGCAGCCUUUCAAGCCAAUGAAAGUUGAAAUCUGUUAACUUCUCAUAUGGCUGCAGGAGUUGCAGCAGAGCAGUAGGAGUGAAUUCAGAGCCUGUGCAGAACUCACAACCUGUGCCAGCCUGCUGAGAAUACAAGACUAGACUCCAUGGCCAUAUCUUAUUUGACAGUGCAAAGUCACAGGUUGAGCAGAUCGAGACAUUAACUUCAGUAUUCCCACCCAGGCCAGUUUUCAGAUUUUUACUGUAUUUCAUAAAGACACAUGCACUGAUCUUCUGGAGGGGUCCCUGUAUGGUUCUGUGAAUGGGUGUUGCCUGAGUACUGCUUUGUAUGCUGUAAAGCAGAAAACAGUAGGAAUAGUAUUGGUGAAAAUGUAGGUGAGGGGCCAAGAGUAUGCGCUUAACCUCGCCUAGAAACAUGCCAACUCAUUGUUCGUAAAUCUACCUCUUGCCUUUCCUCUGGCUGCUUCUUUGCUUGUCAUAGCUUUUCACUGGCACUUUGUCUCUACUUAUCCAUCUCAGCAACAUGCUUUUCAUUUCAGACACAGAGUAUGUGGGGAAUCUCUGUUGGUGGCAGCCCUGCUAUUCAUUCUUUGUUAAUAUACUUUCUUUUAGGAUGUUGUGUGUUUCACUACUGCUUCCAUUUUGUCAUAACCACUUCUGCUUUUUUAACCAUAAUGCAAGGCUCUUAUUUGCAGCGUCUGCAUAAAAGGGCCUUUUUGACUAAUCUGUCUGAAUUCCUAGUUUGCUACAGUUGUUAGAGUUUUUCUCUAAGAACUAAGAGACUUCUUCCUUUCUCUAAUAUUAGCUAGCUCUUUGCAUAGCUAUUUUGGACAGUCCUAAUUCCCAGUCGUCUUUUCUAAGAUCUAACCCAUUGGUAUCCAGGAUUUUCAGCUGGAUGGUGAAAUAUUAUUUUAGAAGAGUCAAAGGAUCCUCCAGCAAGAGUGGGGCAAGUGAAUACGGAAGUGUUAUUUACCUCUUUACUUAAGUUAGGAACCCUGGGUCACCCAAUGAAAUUAACAGUCAGAAUGUUUAAAACAAACAUAAGGAAAUUAUUCUUCACAAAGUCAAUCUGUAGAAGCGGUUGCCAGUGAAGCUGUGAAGGCCAAAAGUAUGACAAGGUUCAAAAAUUAUUAGGAAAGUUCAUGGAUGGUAUGUCAGUCAAUGGCUGUUAGCCAAAAUGGUCAGGGAUGCGACCCCAUCCUUCAGGUGUCCCUAAACCUCUGAUUGCCAGAAACUGGGGCUGCGUGAUGGGAGAUAGAUCACUUGGUAAUUCUGCUAUUAUUUUCAUUCCCUCUGAGCGUCUAGAACUAGCCACUCUUGGAAGUCAGGAUAUUGGGCUUGCUGAGCAUUCCUAUGUUAGUAUUUUUUUUUUACGAAUUUUCUGCCCUUUUUGCUUCCUUUCUACCACAUGGGCAGCAGUAGUAACUGCUGAAACUCUGUGCUGGGGAUGCCUCCAGUGUGGGAGAGUUCAGUGUUGGUGCAGAGCUAGUACAGCUGGCACUUAAGUCUUUCUCUGCUCAUAUGACAGGUCCUCUGUGCUAGGGUUUGGGGAUCAGGGAGCGGAUGUGGCUGGAAUGUGUUUCACUCUGCUGCCUGCUGGCAUGUAAUGCCUUGGAAUCCAUAGCCAGCUAAUCCAGGUUAGAGCAGCCCCAGAGUUGCUCAAAAAUGGGCUGGAGCUGGGAAGCUGGGAGUUGUCCCCGAUUGCUCGUUCUGAGCUUGUCACUUCCCUCUUCUAUCCGGGCCCUCACAGAGGAAGUCAUCCUUUGCUAGAUUCUCCCCCUAGGCUCAGGGAGAGCCAGCUAAAUUCCUAUCCAGCUCUCUCUGGUGCUUUCUCAGCCUGGCAGGGAAGUUGCUAGUCUCUUUGGCAUAGUGACAUGGCUAAUUCAGACCCUUCAGUUUCAAAAUCCCAGGGUGUGGUCAAAAGCAGGGUUCCCUCUAAGCUGCACACAAGUUUUAGACCCGCUUGCAGAGCCGUGCACCAACACUCGCCACCACUCACUUUCCUGCUGGACCAGAAGGUGGGUGGUGGUGGUGGCAGUCUGGUGGGUUCUAGCAAGGCCACGUGGUGGCAGGAGGCUGCCCUGUACCUGAUUGCUUCAGCUGGAGCCGCAGUGUGGUGAGACUGUCUCUGCUGGGGCAGCCUCGUUGGCUGCUACGGGGGGCUGGAUGUUGCAUCCCAGCUGGUGGGGCCGCGUGGCUGCCCUACGCCACUUUGCCGGGUGGAGCUGUGGUGUGGUGAAACUGUCUCGAGUUCCAGCUAUGGCGGGCUGGAUGCCGAGGCCUGGCCAGGGCUGGAGCCACCACAUGGCCCCUAAACCUGGCUUUCAGCUGCAGCACUGGCCAGGUGAGCAGCUGCCAGGCAGCUGCCCUGGCCCCCGUACCCCUGCUGCUGCUGGGCAGCACAGCUCCAGCUCCCCCCUCGCCCAGCCCCAGCUCUUCCUCCCAUAAAGAGCUGCUAGCUGGCUAGGGGUCAGGCAGGCCAGCUCUGCUUCCUCCCCCUCCCAGCGAGCAGCUUCCUGUGGGGCCAGGCAGCCCAGUCCUGGGCCCACCCCCUGCAAAGAACCAGUGGAAUGGGCAGCCCAGCUGCAGCCUCCACUCAGUGAGGAUCUGCCCCCCCUGACCUCUCAGCCCCCCAUAUUGAGCUCCCCCCUGUCCUGAAUCCUGCACUCCUCUGGCCUGAGCCCUCCC